GUAAAAACAUAUGGGAGUAAAGAAGAUAGAAGAAAAUACGCAAAAAUCAACAAAAAAUACAAAAAUAACUCUUUUUACUUUAAUUAAUUGCAAUAAAAUUUAUACCAAAUACAAAGUAACAAUAAGCAAGUGGUGACUAAUUUAAAUAUACAAUUAUUGGCUAAAUAAAACUAACGUCUUCAAUAGAAUACCAAGAAACUAUACAAUGACUAAAGAAAUUCAAUAAAAAAAGUGCAAUUGCUUGUAAUUGAAACAAAUUAAAGCAAAUAAGAUUAAUAUAUUUUUAACUAUUUGUAUAAAUAAGUGAAAAUAAAUAUUUAACACUUUUGAUAAAGAGAAAACUUUAAAAAAGGAUGCAUUUCUCGGUACCACAUACACAAGAGUUGUUUAGCGAAACAACAGGCACCUCCUACACGGGUUACAACAUCUAUAUUAAUGGCAGCUAUCAUGCCUGCUUGCGCUAUAAACAACUGCAUGCCUUGAACGAACAACUGCGUAGGCAUUGCUUACCCAUGGGCGUUGUGAUGCCAGAAUUUCCACCUAAGAAAUUUUUGCCUUUAACCAACAACCAGGUAGAGAGUCGACGUCAGGCUUUGGAACACUAUCUGCAAAUGUUGGGACAAGAUAUCAGAGUUUCAAAAUUGGACUCCUUUCAAAGAUUCUUUUUGAAUGCCCAAUUGGAAACGGCUUUGGCUGAAGGUGUGUUUGAGGAAUAUUUUGGCUAUGGACCCGAGGAAUCGAAUACCUCAAAUGGCAUAGAGGAAUUUAUGCGGCCUAUACGUUUGGAAGUUAUACUGCCCAGUGGUUAUCAGUUGAAAGUGAAUUGCUGUGUUUCAGACAAUGCCACCGCUUUGUUAGAAAAAGCAUUGUCUUGUGUACAAUUACCAACAGAUAUGAUGCCCUACUUUUGCCUGUUUCUCGUUAGACGAGAAACCAAAGAUUCCUUGGUAUUGAUUAGAAAACUAAUGGAUUUUGAAACGCCUUUUGUUUCUAGACUCUACAAUCAGCCAUGUCAAAUACAGAUAAGAAAAAGCUACUGGAAUCCCAACUAUGAUGCAAUAUUAAUGAAAAAUUCCAUAGCUUUGAAUUUGCUGUUCUUGCAGACGGUGUCUGAGAUAGAAAGAGAAUGGAUUAUAGCCCCAGCGGAGAUAUUGAAAAAGUUAAAGUCCUUACAAGAGUACGGCAUGCAUAAGGAGUACGUAGAAGUGGCCCGACAAUUGCCGCUUUAUGGUUGUUUACAGUUUCUAACCUCCACCGUGGACUAUCCCGAUCCUGAAACAUCGGCUUUAAUAGCAAUAGGUAACAAAGAACUAAGUAUGCGUACAGUGAAACAAGACAAAAUACUAGAAACUAAAUUCCGGGUAACACGCAUGCGUGUAUGGCGUGUUACGGCUCUGCACAAUACACUGGAAACAAAAGAUAAGUCCUCGAAUUUACAAUUAUCCUUUGAAUAUUUAAUGUCCAAACAGAAUUUAAGAUGGAUUACCAUUAACAGUCCACAAGCCAUGCUAAUGUCGGUUUGCUUGCAAGAAAUGGUCAAUGAGUUACUAAACUACAAAGAUAAUGAGCAACUAACAGCCAAACCCACAAACUCCCAAACAUCAUCUUCAAAUUCCUCAACCUCUUUUACACGUUCAACUCCCACCUCCUCCUCGUCUUCGUCCUCAACGCCAACUCCAACAUCACACAUUUCCACAUCAUCAUCUGCACACAUGAUUGACGAGUGCUCACCGUCUUCGGAGGCGCCCGUACGGUUUUUAGCUCAACGCAUUUUAAACAAACAAAAUCCUAGAUUAACCAAGAGUCAUUCAUAUGGUGCGGUAUUUUUUCGAAACUCUUUGGCCCAAGAGGAGGCGGUGCAAAAUGAGGCUUUUGAGGGCAUAGGAGAUGAUGAUUUGUAGGAUUUACGAAAGUUGUAGGAGUACUAACAUACAAAUUAAUAGAAUACAUAAAUAAGUAUAUCUUCGAAAGGAAUUUUAAUAAACUAAAAAAGGAAACAUAUUAAAUCACAUACUUAUGUAGCUACUUUAACUCACAAAGGUCUAAUGUCCAAAAACCUUUUGCAAUUGUGUGGCGUGUGGUCUGAUCUAGUUUCUUUUUUUACUAAAAAGUCCCGUUAAACAAGUAAUUAUAAAAAAUACUAAUUUUUCUAUACUAGAUUUUUUUUUAAACAAUUAAUUCAUCAAAAUACAUUUUGAAAUAGGGUGCCACUGUAUUGUAAGGAAGAUUUUUUUAACACUUUUACAUGACAGGUUAUCUGACAGAUAAGUGCAACUUGCAUGCAAGUUCAGUAAGUAAUUUGGAGGAUUUCUUCACAUUCCUACAUUCUUUAUAUAAAUUGUAGGAUUUUGCCCAAAUCUUAGCCAUUUACAAACGAUCAAAAUUCUCGAAACUAUAACUGAUGUAAUUUAGUUUUUUAAAUUACAGUGACACCCUACUACUACACACAUUUCCCGAAAAUAUAACAGACUGUAGUGCUUUUAGUCAAUUUAUGUAUAAAUUACAAUGUUUUUGCAACAUAAAUUUAAACUAUUUUUUACUAGUAAACUAAGAUAUAAAGCAACGGCCUAAAUGGAACCACAUUUAGCCAAGUUUUAAACAAACACACAUUCUCUCUUUUUUUGUAAGUUAAAAAAAAUACUUUAUGACUUGAAAGUCUGUUAUACACAUUUAAUUUAUAAUUUUAUAAUGCAAUGAUAAAAUAGAAAAAUAAAAUAUUGAGGAUUCUCUUAAAUGUAAAAUAAAUACAUACAUAUUUAUAAUUUUUUCAAAAAGGUGCAGUUAAUAAAUAUAAAAACGGAAAUAAAUUUAAAACACUUUAACAUUUAAAAAUAUAUAUAUACAUAUUAACAAUCUAUAUAAUUUUGUUAAAACAUAUAAAUCCCUUGCAAAAACUUUGUAGAACAAAAAUGAAACCUUUAUAAUUUUUAUUACAA